AUGGAGGAUAUUGGAUUGUUCAAUCAAGCAUGGAAAUGGUUGCAAUCAAAAGACUGUUACUCUGUAGCAAGAACAACGGUGAGCAUUUUCAGGGACAAAAUGGGUAUAUUUAUGGAGCGGCAUUGGCCGAUGGUUUGUUUUGGGUUUGCAAGGUGUGGGAGAGGUCUACUAUUCUUAUUGGCGCAUUGGAAAACUUGUUUAGUUACUGGCUUCUGGUCAUUUUCUGAGCUGAGAUCAACAGCUCUUCUCGUUAUUAUGUGGAGCAGCUUUCUGAGUUUGACAUCGAUGUCAUGUCUUCUUUACGCGCUUAUUAGUAUGGUCGCUGCUGUAAUUUCUGUUCGGUACUUAGGCUACGCUCCUGGACUUUUUAUUGUGGGACUGUUUGCCAUUCUAAAUUUAUGGAUGUAUGCUAACUUUUGGAUAACGGGUACAUUGUUCAUAGUGGGAGGUUAUCUAUUUUCCUUAAAUCAUGCUCGGCUGGUGGUAUUCAUGGCAACUAUAUACGCUAUGUAUUGUGUCAAAGUUCGAGUAGGAUGGCUUGGGAUUUUUCUUUCAUUUAACCUUUCAUUCCUAUCAAAUGAUGUCUCGAACUACGUGCUCCAGUGGUGUGAUAAUUUGAGUGAAAGCACCCAUUUUGAGGAGCAUAAAGCAUCCGAGUCAUUCCCAGAAGAUAGUUUCCCCACGGAAUGUGAAUUUUCUGGUCCUAUCGAAGAAGAAGAGAAAUUGCACUCAUGUAAAUCAUCCGACAAACCUGAAAGUAUUUCAUUUGUUGAAAAAACAAAGGAAUGUGCUUAUAAGCAGGUGGUCAGAGAAGAUGCAAGUUCAAGAAUUGAAAUGGAGCGAAUUUUAAGCAGUUCCGAUCAUUACGAAGCACUGGGAUUUCCCCGUUACAGGAAAAUUAAUGUUUUAUCAUUGAAGAAGGAGUACCGGAAAAGGGCCAUGCUUGUGCACCCGGACAAAAAUAUGGGAAGUCCUCUGGCAAGUGAAUCAUUUAAGAAACUUCUAUGUGCAUACGAAAUUCUUUCCGAUGUUGGGAAGAAGAAGGAGUACGACGAGCAACUCAGAAAGGAAGAAUCUAAUGCUGGCACUUCUCGUCAGGAUACUGCUGGUUUUGUUUCUGAGGAGUCAAGGUGUAUACAGUGCACAAAGUGCGGCAAUUCACACAUUUGGGUUUGCACCAAUAGGAUGAAGGCCAAGGCAAGAUGGUGUCAGGAUUGCUGUGAAUAUCAUCAAGCAAAAGAUGGUGAUGGAUGGGUAGAAUACAAAGGGUCACUGAUGUUUGAUCGCCCUCAAAAGGUGGAAAUUCCGCGUGCUUUUGUUUGCGCAGAGAGCAAGAUCUUUGAUGUGUCAGAAUGGGCUAUAUGUCAGGGAAUGACUUGUAGGCCCAACACUCAUCGACCCAGCUUCCAUGUAAACAUGGUGGGACUGGAGAAGUCAAGUCAGAGGUCUAAUUCAGCUCGAUAUCCAUGGGAUUUAGAUGCUGAAAUGAUGGAUGAAGAAGAAGAAUUCGAGCUGUGGCUCCAGCGAGCCCAAGCAUCUGGAAUUUUUUGUGAAACCCCCAGGCGCCGGAAAACCUGGAGUCCCUUCAAGUUGGCUCAGAAAAAUGGGAACAGUGGGGAGAGAGAAGAAACCAUAACUGGCAGGGAUCUAAUUGCUCUGGCAAGGGUACCCAAGAAUAUUGUCAAUGGAUAUGAGAAUGACGGAUGGACAGCAGGACAUAUAAACAGCUUGUUUUACCUUGUUUUGUCUGUAAAUAAUGUUAUAUUGUUCUCGACAAAUUUCCUUCCCCUCCCAUGCAGAUCAGUGUAA